UCAUAUAACCUUGGUUGAAUUCCUUAGAGUUAGCCAACAUAAAUAAUUAUGUACCUUGCUAUGACACUCGGUUAUUUAACAGAUGUUCUCCUGAAUGCGGACUACCAUCCCUUGUUAUCUAGUGCCGUUGGGUCACUGUCACCUUGAUCCAACCAGAGUAAAUCAUGUGCCUGGCUCUUCAAAUAAUUGAUGUGAUUGGUUAAAAGGUCUGAUGGGAGGGUUACAUUUACACUACAAAUAUGUGCUAAAUAUUCUAGAAAGUUGGACUUGUUCACUUGUUGGAUGUUGCCUUGUGCUCAUUAAUACAGUCCCGCUGGAUUGCUACAUAAAGUCAUUGUCUCUCUACUCUUCAUUUUGCCACAACAUAUUGGAGCCCAACGUGUGUUCGAGUCGAGGCCGAGGAAUUUCCAUUACGUCAUCCAACUGACGACCACGCUAGGCGCCAUAUCAGGUAGGAGAUCUUCAUAUCUCACCAUAGUUUAUGUAUAGCGUGGUUCUCACUUGUAUGACAGACUGGGAGUGUCUGGGGUCCCCUCAACCAGAAGCCACGUCUUAUAGGCGGAGGAGGAGAGAGACUGAUUUUGUGUUAGCGGAUAAAAAACAAUAAAUUUGAAUGACUUUGUGAUUUAAUUGGACCUCCAGCUUUAGAGAGAUCUCUCAAAGUAUUUUAGGCGUGUGCGGCACUGUGUUGGCCGAACGCCUGGUUUUGUGUGUAAGCGACAACUCGGACGCGUCCGUGAAAUCCCUCAAGCUCAAGAGAUUUUAUUAUGUGUGCGGUUGAUAAUGCAGGUUCUUUAAAAAAGGUUGAAAUAGCUCCAGUAGGAGCGGGAUAAGUAGGCCCUAAUGUACUCAAUAGGAGGCCUUCUUUGAGUUAACAAGAUCCUACAUAAAUACAUAUAUACAUUACUAACUAUACUCGGGAAUCUGUUAAGAGUGGUUUCUGUCUUCUGACAGGGGGCUACGCUGACUAGAGACUCAGAAAUUUUGUGCAGAAACCCUAUUGAGCAGGAAAAGCAAUAUCUAACUAAUAGACCAUAAAGUAUUUGAAAAGUGUAUAUACUGAAAUAACGUUUAUAUGAGAGUGAUUCAUUUUGGCGAUAAAGAGGAGGAGACAUAACUUCCAAUCAUAGCUUCUAGUGGGAUAAAGAGGACUUUGUAAAAGAGCAAGAACAAUUAGAUAAACAUUCAAGUAUGAGCAAUUAAAGAUAAAUACAACACAUAGUCGAAGUCUGAUAUUAGAACAAUGAGAUAAAAACUUAAGUAUUAGCAAUUAAAGGUAAAGACAACACAUAGUCAAAGUCUGACAUUAAGAGAAGAAGAUAAAAACAUAAACCUGAAUAAGAACGGACUGACAAACUGACUGCUGACGAAUACACCUGGGUGGCUUUGCAUUUUUAUAAACGGGUGACUUUGCAUAAUACAAACUAUUGGCUUUGCAUUAUUAUAAACUAUUGGCUUUGCAUAAUACAAACUAUUGGCUUUGCAUGAUUACUAACUAUUGGCUUUGCAUAAUUAUGAACUAAUAGCUUUGUUUUACAAUUUGUUUUUGUUAUUAUUAUUUUAUUUUUUAAUUUAGAAUUAUUUUAAGAAUGCAGCAGUGAGCAUAAUCUAAACCAUGAUUUAUGAGAAAUAACCUGCUUGGACUUUAUAAAAUAAAAUAGAGGGGGGAAAUAAUGAGUGUGACACCAGUGGAAUGUGUAAAGAAGAGCGGUAAAACUAAAAACAAUGUACUUGUUUAAGGUUGAAGGUCAGGGCUACAGGAAAGAGUGUAAGAGACGGGUUAGUGGAAUUAAUAGAUUAAUAGAAAGACAAAGCAAGUCAGAGCAGGCGAGAAGAGAGAGCAUAAAGGGGAGUUAGGAAAGAAUGGAAGAGACGGGUUAGUGGAAUUAAUAGAAAGAAUAAGCAAGUAAGAGAGAGCAGAGAGGGGAGUUAGUUCAGACGCAUUUAACACCGCAUGACAUGUUAACAGGCACACCGAUGCCAGCACCUCAACUCAGGGGGCCCUACAAGGGACCCCCACUUGAGAAGCUGCAGCUGGAGCUAAAAGACUAUAUGGAGCAACUAACUGCCAUACAUAGAUCUAUCUAUCUCCAGGAGAAGGGAAAGGAACCGAGGUCCGACCAGAAACCUGAGAAACCAGUGGUACCAGGGGACCAGGUGAACACCAAGAUCUUCUGACGAAAGUGGCACGAGCCAAGACGGGAAGGUCCCUACAGAGUGGUGCGAGCAACGCCAACAGCGGUCCAGGUCGAAGGAAGUACAACGUGGUAUCACUUGAGUCUUUGCACGAAGGACAAUACCAAGGACUGUGUGAAAGCAGACGACAAUGACCAACAAGGUGAGCCUGGAACAUGUGUUAAAACUAAUGAGCUUCCUGAUAUGGAUGUUGACGGGGAGCACGGGGAAGGAGAGACUGACGAUGGUGGAACCUGUGACGACAUCAGAGAGCAUGCAGGACGGCAGCCAGAUGAUGACCCUUCAACCAUCUUGGAGAGAAACCAGAACCCAUGAAUCAUGAGGACACCUGCCUGGGCCAGAGCAGGAAAUAUGACAAAAUCAAUAACAUUUAAAACAGAUGUAGAUAAAAAAGACACCGAGAAUGGUGAUAAAAAGAAAAAAGAAAGGAUGCUGAGUGUUGGAUACUUUCAGCUGUUUCGCUUUGCCACCCGCACAGACACCUUGAUGAUGGUGGUCGGGGGGCUGUGUGCCCUCAUCCACGGAGCAGCUUCACCUCUCAUGCUUCUGGUGUACAGCAGGAUGACAAACACGUUUGUGUCUUAUGAGAUUGAGGUCCAAGCACUAAAAGAUGAAAAUAAGAUAUGCAACAACAACACCAUCUAUUGGAAAAAUGACUCCAUAUAUCAAACGGCUGAAAACGGCUCAGUGUACUGUGGGGUGGAUAUUGAAGCAGAGAUGACCAUGUUUGCAUAUUACUAUAUUUGGAUUGGAUUAGGAGUCAUGUUCGUUAGUUAUUUUCAGAUUGUCUUCUGGAUGUUAGCAGCUUCACGACAAACCGAUACAAUGAGAAAGACUUAUUUCAGAAAGAUAAUGCAAAUGGAGAUCGGGUGGUUUGACUGCAACUCUGUUGGUGAACUGAACACAAGGAUGUCAGACGAUAUCAACAAGAUCAACAACGCCAUCGCUGACCAGGUGUCUAUCUUCAUUGAGAGGAUGUCGACGUUCGUGUUUGGCUUCAUGGUUGGAUUCAUUGGUGGAUGGAAGCUGACGUUGGUGGUCAUAGCAGUGAGCCCGCUGAUUGGCGUAGCUGCUGGACUCAUGGCUAUGGCUGUGGCCAGGCUGACGGGACGAGAGCUAAUGUCCUAUGCUAAAGCCGGGGCAGUGGCUGACGAGGUCCUGUCCUCCAUCAGGACCGUAGCAGCUUUUGGUGGAGAGGAAAAAGAAACUGAAAGAUAUGACAAAAAUCUUGCAGAAGCUCAAAUCUGGGGUGUGAAAAAGGGCACCGUCAUAGGCGUUUUCCAAGGAUACCUGUGGUGCAUCGUUUUCUUUUGUUUCGCUUUGGCCUUUUGGUAUGGAUCUAAAUUGGUCAUAGAAACCAAGGAGCUGUCUCCUGGUACUCUUAUUCAGGUGUUCUUUGGGGUACUCAUGGCAGCCAUGAACCUGGGCCAGGCCUCCCCCUGCCUGGAGGCCUUCGCUACUGGUCGUGCUGCAGCGAAAAACAUCUUUGACACAAUUGACCGGGAACCAGAAAUUGAUUGUUUCUCAAAAGAAGGUCACAUAUUAGACAAGGUGAAGGGUGACAUCGAGUUCCAUAAUGUCUCCUUCUACUACCCAUCCCGGCCUGAAGUCAAGAUUUUAAAUGAUCUGAGCAUGCAGAUCAAAGCAGGAGAAACCACUGCUUUUGUAGGACCAAGCGGGUCUGGAAAGAGCACCACAAUCCAGCUCAUCCAAAGGUUUUAUGACCCAAAGGAAGGAAUGGUGACUUUGGACGGCCAUGACAUUCGUACUUUAAACAUCCACUGGCUCCGAUCUCUCAUUGGUAUUGUAGAGCAGGAGCCAGUUCUGUUUGCUACAUCCAUUGCAGAGAACAUCAAGUUUGGUCGACCUGGAGUAGCCAUGGAAGACAUCAUCCAGGCUACAAAAGAGGCCAAUGCCUAUAAUUUUAUCAUGGAUAUGCCCCAGAAAUUUGAUACUCUGGUGGGAGAAGGUGGAGGACAGUUGAGUGGAGGACAGAAGCAGAGGAUUGCUAUCGCUCGAGCUCUGAUCCGAAACCCCAGGCUCCUGCUGCUAGAUAUGGCCACAUCUGCAUUAGACAAUGAGAGUGAGGCUGUUGUCCAGAAGGCUCUGGAGAAGGUGUGCAUGGGCAGGACAACCAUUUCUAUAGCCCAUCGUCUUUCCACAAUUAGAAACGCAGAUAUCAUUGUUGGAUUUGAGCAUGGACAGGCCGUGGAGAAGGGAACACAAAAUGAGCUCAUGGAAAGGAAAGGUGUCUACUUCACGCUGGUCACCCUGCAGAAUCAAGGCACAGCCAACACGACGAAAGAUGUCAGUGAAGCUCUCGAGGAAAGCUUUGACCUAAAAGCAAUGAGCCGCACAUCCAGUAAAAGGGGCUCUGUUCGACUGCGAUCUCAAAGCAUGUUGUCAAGUUUAUCGGACAGCCUCAUGAUCUUUUCAGACAAGCAGUGCUCAACGAAAAAAACAUGCGAGGACGAUGCAGAGGAGCAUAUCGAGCCUGCCCCAGUGCCACGCAUCCUCAAGUACAACCAGCCAGAAUGGCCCUACAUGCUGCUGGGCUCGCUGGGAGCUGCUUUCAAUGGCGCUGUCAACCCUAUCUAUGCUAUCCUGUUCAGCCAAAUUCUUGGGACGUUUUCUAUAAGUGACUUGAACGAACAGAGGAAGGAGAUCAACGGGAUAUGUAUUCUGUUUUGCAUCCUGGCUGUGACUAGUUUCUUCUUCCAGUUUUUACAGGGAUAUGCUUUUGCCAAGUCUGGAGAGCUGCUGACCCGCCGUCUACGGAAACUAGGCUUCCAGGCCAUGUUGAGACAGGAGAUCGGUUGGUUUGAUGACCACAGAAACAGCCCUGGAGCUCUGACCAAUAGACUGGCCACUGAUGCAUCAAUGGUGCAGGGAGCAACAGGAUCUCAGAUUGGCAUGAUCGUGAACUCAUUGACCAGCAUCGGGGCAUCUUUCAUCAUUGCUUUAUACUUCAGUUGGAAGUUAACGUUGGUCAUUUUGUGCUUCCUGCCACUCAUCGGGCUGUGUGGCGUGUUCCAGGCUAAGAUGCUGACGGGCUUUGCAAAUGAAGAUAAAAAAGCCAUGGAAGGAGCAGGUCAGGUAUCUAGUGAGGCUCUUGCUAACAUAAGGACAAUUGCAGGCUUGGCCAAAGAGCGCUCAUUUGUGGAUUCAUAUGAGCAGAAACUUGUUCUUCCAUUUAAAUCGGAGAGGAAGAGAGCCAACAUCUACGGGCUUUGUUUCAGUUUUUCACAGUGUGUCAUCUUUAUGGCGUAUGCUGCUUCGUUUAGAUAUGGAGGCCAUCUGGUUGUGUCUGAGGGGCUGCAAUACUUGAUCGUUUUCAGAGUGAUUACAGCUGUAGUAACCAGUGGGACGGCCCUGGGAAAAGCGUCCUCCUUCACUCCAGAUUAUGCCAAAGCCAAAAUUGCUGCCGCUCGGCUUUUCCAACUGUUGGACCGAGUUCCAAAAAUCAGCCUAAGCCACGCAGAUGGAGAGAAAUGGGAUGACUUCAAAGGUGAAAUAGAGUUCAUCAAUUGCAACUUCACCUAUCCAACUCGGCCAGAUGUGCAGGUGUUGAACGGCCUUGCUGUGUCUGUGAAGCCUGGUCAGACUUUGGCGUUUGUUGGGAACAGCGGCUGUGGGAAGAGCACAAGUGUUCAACUGCUGGAAAGAUUCUAUGACCCUGAUGAAGGGAGAGUGAUGAUUGAUGGCCGUCCAUCUUAUGCAGUCAAUGUGCCCUUCCUACGAUCUCAGAUUGGCAUAGUGUCCCAGGAGCCAGUGUUGUUUGGCUGCAGCAUCGCGGAGAAUAUCCAGUAUGGAGAUAACGCAAACAGCGUCAGCAUGGAAGCCAUUGUUACGGCCGCUAAGAAAGCCUACCUUCAUGACUUUGUGAUGACGCUGCCAAAUAAAUAUGAGACCCAGGUUGGUGCCCAGGGCUCCCAGCUGUCGAGAGGACAAAAACAACGCAUCGCCAUUGCCCGGGCCAUCGUCAGAAACCCCAAGGUCCUGCUACUUGAUGAAGCUACCUCUGCCCUGGACACAGAGAGUGAACAGACUGUCCAGGCUGCUCUGGAUGAGGCAAGAAAAGGACGAACCUGCAUUACCAUCGCUCACCGGCUGUCUACAAUCCAGAAUGCUGACAUCAUAGCAGUCAUGUCGAAUGGAUCCAUCAUAGAGCAAGACAGUCAUGAUAAUCUCAUGGCCAAGAGGGGCGCCUAUUAUAAACUGGUUACAACAGGCGCUCCCAUCAGCUAGAUGCCUACAGACACAUAAGCUAUGAUAUAUAUGUGUAUAUAUAUAUGGAUGUGUGUGUGUAUGUGUGUGCCUUCAUACCACAACAUUUUCAUUCUUGACAAUCAAUGUAUACUUGAAAUUGUCUGAAAUGUGAACUUAUUGAAAAAUAAAUAAAAUCAACAAGUAUUUGAAAAACUA